GCUUCUAUGCUUGUUCAUUGUAAACAAUUGCUCUUCAUCGCAACACGUAGCCAUUGCCCAAACAUCUCGAAAUCUUUCUUCUGUAAACAGCAGCGAACUGCAAAUCCUCAGAGCACGCGCUGCCGGGAUUGGCUCAGACACCGAAACCUACAUCGGCGGCCGUCGUUAUCCCACCAGCUCCCAUCCAGGCCUCCUCUGAUAUCCCGCCCUCCUCCCUCCUUUCCUCUCCUCCUCCUCCUCUUCUCUUUCCUAUUCAUGGCCCUGCGCCUCUGCUACAGACACAAUCGACUGAUCCCCGUCUGCUCCCGCAGCUAUGAAGUUCGGCAAGAAUCUUCCUCGCAACGAAGUUCCUGAAUGGAGCGCCUUCUACCUCAACUAUAAAUCACUCAAGAAACACAUCCGAAACGCCAAAGAACGCGCAAUAGCCCAGGGCGACACCGAGGGCCCCGUCAGCGAAGUCUACCUCACUCCUUUCUUCUACUCCCUCGACCGCAACCUCGAAACUGUCGACUCCUUCUACAACAAGCGUCUCGCGGACUGCGGCCGACGACUCAAGAUCCUCACCGACAGGUUCACGCCCUUCACCCUCAAGCGCUCAGACUAUGACCGCGACGACCUCGAGGACCUCGUCGGUGCUCUUCUCGAGCUUCGGAGUCAACUCCGAAUGCUGCAGUGGUAUGCGGAGGUCAACAAGCGAGGAUUUGUCAAGAUCCUGAAAAAGCUCGACAAGCGCGCCGGCGUCAACGAACAGGACCGCUACCUCGAAUCAAAGGUGCUCAUCCUACCCUUCGCCUCCGGCAUCAGUGCCAACGAGUACAUGGAGACCAUCAACCACUGGCUUUCGGAUCUUGCGCCUAACGAGAUCGACGAGUCUUCGUCCUGGUCCUCGUCUCCCACCUCGGCCGCUUACAAACGCCAGUCCAGAGACGGCCAAACUAACGGCGUUUCGCCCGUGCUUGAAGAGAUCAAGAAUGCCGUGGCCGCUGAUAACUUGGGCGAGCUGAAAACUCUGCUUGCGGGCGUUGAAAACGACGCCGAACAAAGCCAGAAAUUGUCUCUUGCCGGGUUACAGAAAGCAGUAUCGUCGCGGUCGACCGCAUGCGUGGAGUACCUGCUGCAGUGCGUCCACAGUCUCUCUGACCCAUCAGACUUCCGCGGACGAAAUAUCAUUCACCGCCAUGUGAUUGCUCUCGGCCGUCAGCGUGCCUCUGCCACAAACGGCACAAGCCUCGAGCAGCCGCGCGAUUUCUACAUCACGCCGGCCGAGAACCCUGUGUCGACCGCGAAGUUGACUCAGGUGUACGGCAGCGAUGGCAUCAAUUCGAAUGACGAGACUUCGAUGCUCAGGUUCAUACUUGAUCAUCUUACGGCCGAGCAGCGGCCUGCACUGGCCGCUCGCGAUGGCUAUAAACGGAGUCCGCUGCACUACGCCUCCCAGUAUGGUACACGUCUCGUUGCUGAGGUUAUCGUCGAGUAUCUGAAAAACUGGAAUCUCUGGGAUGCGCCUACAGGAUUAGACGCGUCCGAAUGGAUAGACGCCGAGAACCUUUCUCCUUACCACCUCGCUGUCAUCGGGAAGCAUCCCAAGACGCUCAAAGUGCUUCUCAACGCCGCGCACCCGAUUGCGCCUCGCGACUCGUCGCACUUGCUCACCAUUGCCGCCAACAACGACUACGACGAGAUCAUUGACAUCUUACUAGACGCCGGUCUCGACGUAGACUACGCGGACGAGAGACUGGGCGAGACUCCGCUCUAUAACGCGGUGAGGAAUGGCUACAUCAAGAGUGCCUCGACGCUGCUGAAGCACAAGGCAAACACUGAGAUCUCUGAAAACACCUACGGCUGGACUCCGCUAUUUGUCGCGACUGUCUAUGGAUACGCUGAUCUGGUUGACCUGCUGAUUUCUUACGGUAGCGACCUCUCGAAAACCGACGGCUCGGGCUGGACAGCUCUCGAGCACGCUUGUCUUCGCGGUCACCUGGAGAUUGCCGAAAAACUACCCGCAGUCGAUCCUCAGCCCUCGCCAUUUUCUACAAACGGAGAGGUUGCAAGCGCAGCGUCCGCAUCCGUCGACAGCUUGCUCUCGCUCAGCUCGUCGGUUUCGUCCAAAAUGUCGACUUCCCCGUCCCUGAACUCACAUAUGCCGCCGCCCCCGCGAGAACCAAUCAAGAGUUUCGGCCACAAGUAUCUGAAGAACAACACGUCCAUGAUCCUCGUCACUCUUGGGUCGACCGACCUGAGGACGAAAGCGGUGCCUGUGCAGCUUGAUCAGGUGCCUCUCUCGCGUGUGCACUCCACGCAGCUUGAUACCGCGCUCUCGCUCGUCAUUUCCGCGCAGAACGCGAUCGGCGAGCCGACGGUGAUUGAUCUUCCGAUCCAGGACAGUCCGUCGACAGAGCCGAUCCUGUUUCAGACCUCCGAUCCGAGCAAUACUCGAUUGUUUUUCGAUAUUGUGCCUACCUAUGCUGGCAAUAGGAAUCAGAUUGUAGGUCGCGCGGUCGCGAUGCUGUCGAAUAUCAAGACCUCUGUCGGACAGUCUGUGCGCAGCUUGCACGAGACUAUUACCGUUCCCAUAGUGCAGAACACCACGCUGGAUAUUCUGGGAACCGUCAGCUUUGAGUUUCUGAUCAUCAAGCCGUUCGAGCAUCCAAAUAUGAGCAUCGCAAAGUCUUCUACAUACUGGAAGUCGCUGACCAAUACCCGAGUCAUUGGUCAUCGUGGUCUCGGCAAGAACUCGACUGCCCGCAAGAGUUUGCAGCUCGGCGAAAAUACUUUGCAGUCUUUUAUCGCGGCCGCGAACCUGGGUGCGAGCUACGUCGAGUUCGAUGUCCAGCUGACGCGCGAUCAUGUCCCGGUUAUCUACCACGACUUCCUGGUCGCCGAGACCGGCAUCGAUGUUCCAAUGCACGCACUCACGCUCGAGCAGUUCUUGGCCGUCUCCGAGCGCCGGACGCCCAAACCGCGCAGCCGGAACCAGUCUCCGCGACGAGCCGAAAGCCGCAACUCGAAUACCUCCUCGUCAGUCUCCUUCACCAAGACAGUCGACGAUCGGCUUUCUGCGCUCGGCGCGAGCCAGGACUCUGCUAGUUCGUCGUCGUCCAUGCUGCCUACUCCCGGCAGACGUCCGCGCUCGCUUUCGUUGGAGAUGGAUGAUACCGACUCUGAGUAUUUCGAGCGGCUAAAGUUCACGCGGGACUUUAAGAAGAAGGGGUUCAAAGGCAACUCGCGCGGUCUCAGUAUCCAGGCGCCGUUCACCACGCUUGAAGAAGUUUUCAAAACGCUUCCAAAGAACGUCGGUUUCAAUAUCGAAUGUAAAUACCCCAUGCUUGACGAGAGCCAGGCCGAGAACAUGGACGAUCUCGCAAUCGAGCUGAACGAGUGGGUCGACACCGUUCUCAAGACCGUCUACGACCACUCCAGCGGGCGUGACAUCAUCUUCUCCAGUUUCCACCCGGACGUCUGCAUCAUGCUCUCGCUCAAGCAGCCCUCGAUCCCCGUCCUCUUCCUGACCGAGGCCGGGACCGAGAAAAUGGCAGACAUCCGCGCGUCAAGUCUGCAAGAAGCAAUCCGCUUCGCCUCGCGCUGGAACUUGCUCGGCAUCGUCUCGGCUUGCAAACCGUUGAUCAUGAGUCCGCGCCUGAUCCGCGUGGUGAAGGAGAGCGGGCUGGUUUGCUUCAGUUAUGGCGCGAUGAAUAAUUCGCCUGAGGUGUGCAAGUUGCAGAUGAAUUAUGGCGUUGAUGCGGUGAUUGUGGAUUCGGUGUUGGCGGUUCGUAAGGGCCUUACUGAUGGAAAGGCUGCAGAGUCGGUUUAAGCUGUUGGUUUGAGGUGUUGGGUAUUACUUUUCUUUUCUUUAUAUAUAUUGUUUCUCUGUUCAGUCCUCUCGGUGCGGAGAGGUCUCAAGUUUUAUCUUUCGCUUGGGGUGUUAGAUGGCAAGGUCAUACAUAUGCUCAUGCGUCCAGAUUCUUUUUAAUUGAUAUAAACACACCGUGCUACGGUAUAAGCAGCGCAU